UAAACCUACCUACCUCGCUGUACGGUCUCAUUCCUCAGUCGACCUAGUGCCAAUUAGAUAUAUUAUCAUAACUCGUCUCCGCGGGGAAGUCUUUUCGAUUAUCUGUAUCUGUCGACGUAAUCACCCCUAUUGUUGCAGGCAUAGUGGACUCGUCCAUAAGCUACGGAGAUCAAUACUCUCCGCCAAGCCACGGCAGAAAGAAUUGGCUAAAACGGCAUAUGUGCACCACGGAAUGGUUUUAAAACGGAUUUCUACCGUGUUACAAGUAGACACUUAUUUCAGGAGUUUACCAAUGUUUCCCUCGCCAUGUAGUGUGCUGUGAUUUAGUAAUUCGCCAGUACGGUAUGUGAAAUAAUGCUGCUGUUUAUACCAAAGACUGUUAGAAUGAUCGUUAGCACAUCAAAGAAGACUGGCCUGCCACAGGCUUGUUCAAUUCUGAUGCUCUUUCCUUCUCAUUCCAAGCUAUACACUGUUUGAGAUUUUGCCACAUUUUUAAGAAUGUUGAGAAACGGUGCUCUACAUAUGACUUCAUUAUACAGGUGAGGGCGGAAUGGGCGCUGUACGCAUCACAGAUAUUAUAAGUGGAGCUUCGGAUGCACAGAUAACAUAACAAAGACUUCACAGUGCCAACGAUUUUAAUUACUCACAACUUUACUCAUUACUUCAAAGUAUGUUGACAUACAGAGCUGGUAACAGUUUCCAAACCACCCAUUCCCAAUUGUGAAUAGUGAAUUGAAAUUGUUUUUUAAUAAUUUUUUUUGUUGUGGAUGUUUGUUUUAAUAUUUCACGAUCUCUGGAGUCUCCUGUUUGUUGUGUGUGCGGCAUUUGCCUUCAUGUGAUAAUUCUCCGACAGGAGCAAGGGAGAUAACUCAGGCAAAGGGAGAUAACUUCAGGCAUAUUUACAAAUCCAUUGGAUGUGUGACCAUAUUUGGACGUGUGACCAUAUAUUUGUUGUUUAUGACAUGUUACGAUGAUUUGAGCCAAUAACAAUACCAUCAGAGAUUUUUAUUGUAAUUUUUAAAAAGUCUUUCCAUAGCAAAAAAAACCAAAACAUAUAUGUAUGUAUAAAAACUCGGAUAUAUAGUUUGCAAGAAAGAAAGGAAAAAAUAUAUAUAUAUAUAUAUAUAUAAACCCUGAUAUAUAAUUUGCAAAAAAAGAAAGGAAUAAAGAACAAAUAUAUAUACGUUUAUAUAUAUAUAUAGGAACUUAGAUAUACAAUUUAUGACGGAUAUACGUUAACAAAUCUGGUGACGACAUCGAUGGCGGAUGCGGAUAACCGAGUUAUUCUCAACGUGGGUGGGAUUCGCCAUGAGACCUACAAGGCGACCCUCAAGAAGAUCCCAGCCACGCGGCUGUCGCGGCUAACAGAAGCCCUCGCCAACUACGACCCCGUCCUCAACGAAUACUUCUUCGACCGGCACCCCGGCGUCUUCGCGCAGAUACUCAACUACUACCGCAGCGGCAAGCUGCACUACCCAACGGACGUGUGUGGGCCCCUGUUCGAGGAGGAGCUAGAGUUCUGGAGCCUGGAUUCGAACCAGGUGGAGCCGUGCUGCUGGAUGACUUACACCCAGCACCGGGACACACAGGAUGUGCUGGCUAUUCUCGACCGGCUCGACCUCGACACAGACAAGCCCACGGAGGAGGAUAUUAUGAAAAAGUUUGGCCUCGAGGAGAAGUACCGGCAGGGGGAGUUGAACUGCUGGCAGCGGAUCAAGCCGAAGAUCUGGGCGCUGUUCGACGAGCCCUACUCAUCAUCAUCUGCAAAGACCACAGCUGUUGUAUCGGUGUUCUUCAUAGUGAUUUCCAUUCUGUCCUUCUGCCUGAAGACGCACCCCGAGAUGCGCGUGCCGGUGCUGCGGAAUACGACCUCACGGACCGCCGACGGCAACAUCACGUGGCGGCUGGAGAAGAAGAGCUCGGAACCACACGAUGCGUUCUUCUACAUCGAAUGUGCGAGCAACGCCUGGUUCACCUUUGAGAUCAUCAUCCGCUUCAUCGUGGCGCCCAAUAAGCUUGACUUCCUGAAGGCUCCCGUCAACAUCAUCGACAUCGUGGCCACGCUCUCCUUCUACCUGGACUUCCUGCUCACCAAGCUGGAGCAGGAGAACGACAUGCUUGAGUUCUUCAGCAUCAUCCGCAUCAUGCGGCUGUGCAAGCUGACACGGCACUCAGCCGGCCUCAAGAUCCUCAUCCAUACGUUCAGGGCCAGUGGCAAGGAGCUCAUCUUGCUCGUGUUUUUCCUCGUGCUGGGCAUCGUAAUAUUCGCAGCGCUCAUCUACUAUGCCGAGCGCAUCCAGUACAACCCGGAUAACGAUUUCGAGAGCAUCCCAGUCGGACUGUGGUGGGCCAUCGUCACCAUGACUACUGUAGGCUACGGGGACAUGGCCCCGAAAACCUACGUGGGGAUGUUCGUCGGGGCACUGUGCGCCUUGGCUGGUGUGUUGACUAUAGCCCUACCAGUGCCUGUAAUUGUUAGCAAUUUCGCUCUCUUCUAUUCGCAUACUCAAGCCAGGUCGAAGCUGCCGAAGAAACGAAGGCGGGUGCUACCUGUGGAGGCGAUACGGGCCAAGGGGCCGAAGUCCUCUGGGAUGCCGGGCAGCGGGGGCGGUGCGGGACCACAGACGAGGCGGAUGAACGCGAUAAAACAUAAUCACCCAGUGUAUGGGGGCGCCUUGCAGGAAUUGAUGCCCUUCCGUAGCACGUAUAAUGUUGGAAUGUUCAUAAGCGGCCGAACUGGGGAGGAGUCACUUCCAAUGUUGAUGUUAAACCACAACGACAAAGAUAUAGACCAGGACCGGCCCCUGCGAAAUCGCUCCCACACUUCCAGUAUUGACAAGUCCCCACCCCGCCUCAUGGAGAUUAACUCAAACCCAGGGACACCCUCCAAAGUAACCGAAAUAAAACAGGACACCCAAAGCGCUACGACCGCCCUGUCCAGUCUGUUGGUUACGCCAAACGCCCAGCUGGCCAUGAACUCCACAACCAGCUCCGCAGUGACAAUAGGGGCCACCACUCCGCACCAGUUCACCGAAGAUAGAAAUUCAGAAAAAGAUCUACUGAAGUACCCAGUGGACGGUGCGGUCAUAGAACCGUUAGUGACCAGUAGUGGCGUGUCGAACAUGUCCAACAGUGCAGAACAACGAUCGCGUGGAUCCACAUCGCCAGUCACAGCUUCGCCCACCAGCCCCGGGGCCACCACAAACAAUCUGGUCGCAGUGAACACAUGAUCCAUUCUAAUAUAGUGAUAUUCUGCUGUGAUUGGCUGACUCACGGUAGUCGUGACAACCAAA